AUGAAUCGGUCUUCAAAGUUUGGAACACCAUGGUCUACUGUCAAAUCUGUGGCUCGUCCCCGUAGACUUUUUCAAAAUUCUGGUGCUAGUCGUCGUGGAAGUGUAGUCAGCAUUUUUUCUCAUCUUAUUUCAAAAACAAAUAAUGUGACAAAUAGAUCUAGUAGAAUAGAAUUCCCUUUUACUUUGACUGAUCAAGAAAACCUUCGAUUAGCCGUACAAGAACUAGAAAAACAACCUACUCAAAUUCCACAUAUUGAUCAAGUACCUGAUGUUACCCCUUCAGAUAAUCACUCUCAACAUGGAAAUAAUUCUUCUAUUAGAAAAAAAGGAAACAAAAAAUUUUUACCAAGUUUUAGUAAUAUAACAAAUAGUGUUAAUAAUAAAACUUCCUCAAAUACUCAAAAGAAACAAAAAACCUCUACUUCUUCUCUCCGUCAAGAAUUUCCAAAAUCUCGCCCCACCUUACCUUCUUUAGAUGAUCGAAGAAAAUCUUUUUUAUUACCUCGACAUUUAUUUUUCCGUAAAUCUACUGCUGAAAAACUUGAAAGUUAUUUACGAAAAGUUUUAAGUGAUAUAAAUUUAAAAUCUUCAGCUGUUUUACGUGAUUUUUUAAGUGUCAAAUCUGAAAAAGAUUCUGUUAGAUGGAAAAAUUCUUCAUCUACAAAUAUUAUUAUAGAUAAUAGAUCGGAUAUUGUUUCAAAUGUAAUAUUACAACAAUCACAUAAAGCUUCCAUAGAUGACUACGAUUUAAUAAAAGUUCUUGGUAGAGGUUGUAUGGGGAAGGUAAUCUUGUCAAGAGAAAAAUCUACUAAUAGAUUAUAUGCCCUAAAAGUUAUUUCCAAAGAGUGGGCAGUUUAUCGGCAAGAGAUUGAACACACAAAAACCGAACGUGAUAUUCUUGCAAUUGCUUCCGGAACUUCCCAUCCUUUCCUGAUUAGAUUACGUGAAUCUUUUCAUGAUAGUAAUCAAUUAUUCCUUGUUUUGGAUUAUUAUCCUGGUGGUGAUAUUGCCACACAAUUGGCUAAAUGGCAUAGAUUUGACGAUGCAAGAUGUCUUUUUUAUGCCGCUGAAAUUGUCCUUGGUAUAGAAGAAUUACAUCGUUUGGGUAUUGUAUAUCGCGAUUUGAAACCUGAAAAUAUUCUUAUCGGUCGCGAUGGACAUAUUGUUCUUACUGAUUUUGGUCUAUCCAAACAAUUCAAUCAAUCGUGGCAAAAAACCAACACGUUCUGUGGUACUGCUGAAUACUUGGCUCCAGAGAUAAUACGAGCAGAAUAUUAUACUUUUGCGGUGGAUUGGUGGAGUUUAGGAACCUUGAUUUAUGAAAUGAUGUUCGGAAUAACCCCAUUUUGGGCAGAUGACCAGAAUAGAAUGUAUCAACGUGUAUUAGAAGAUGAAUUGGAAUUUCCAGAUGAUAUAAUGUAUGAUGCAAUAAGUUUAUUACGAGGUUUAUUACAACGUGAUCCUAGUAAACGACUAGGUUGUGGACCAACAGGUUCAUUGGAGAUAAAAACCCACCCAUAUUUUGAUUAUGUUGAUUGGGAUGAUGUUUUAAACAAAAGAAUAUGUGCCCCUUACAUUCCAACUAUUGAGCAUGAGAUGGACCUUCGAAACUUUGAUGAUGUAUUUAUUACAAUGUCUCCAAAAUUAUCCUUACCAAAACGUGAAAUUCCAGCAGACAUGCAACAAUGUUUUACUGGAUAUUCCUUUUCCGAAAAUCGUUCCGACUCAAAAUCUAUUAAUACAUUACGUGCUAGUAGAAGUGUUAAUCGUUCUAUUGCCGAUAUUGCUUCUUUACACAGAACUAAUUCAUCCACCACUCUAGGAUACGAACGUUAUGAUAAUGACAACGAUUGGAAUGAUAGUAACUGUGAUUUAGAUCAAUAUGUUUCUAAAUGUCCGACUAUUAUGAUUGGAGACACGAAAUAUCGUAACCAUCUUUAUCUCAACAAAAGAAUUUCACAAUUCUUAUUAGAUGACUCUCAUUUGAAUACGGGCGACAAUUCUUCUUCAUCCUCAUCGACAAUUAGACUUGAACGUCAGACUGACGUAUACUCUAACUCAUGA